GGUGAAUAAUUUAGUAUAUAAACUCGGAUGGGUGUCAGGGUAGAGCAUCAUUCACCAGCUUCAGCUCAGCAGACACUAGUCUUCCUUCUUUCUUUACUUCGUAACAAUGAAAUUCACAAGCCUUAGCAUUGUUGUUCUCUUCUUCGGUGUAGCUCACAGUGGUUACAUUGGCGGUGGAGGCGGCAGCGGUGGUUUCGGUGGUGGCCACGGUGGAUUUGGUGGUAGUGGUCACCUAGGUGGAGGCAGUGGAUCAUACGGUGGAGGCAGUGGAUCAUACGGUGGUAACGGUAAUGGCUACGCCAGCGGUCUUGGACUACACACAAUUGCUCAAGGCUCCGCCAACGAUGCCCACUCAGCCGUAGCCAAUCAACAUGCCGCUGCUCAACAAGCUUCAUUCAUCGCUAAAACCACCCUCGCUCAACAAGCAUCUCAAGCCGCUGCUACCGCCAAAGCUGCCUUAGCUGGUAAACAAGUCCAACUCCAGAAUUUGGAACAACAACGUAACGAAGCUCAACGUGAAUUGGAAUCUGAAAUCGAACAACUUCAACGUGCCAAACAAUCCGCUUCUGCCGUCGCUAAUGCUGCUCAACAAGCAGCCAAACAUGUAUCAGUUCUGAGUAACGCCUUGGAUAAUGCCAGGAGUAGCGCUCAACAGGCUGAAAAUGCAGCUGGACAGGCUAGUGCUGAAUUGUCCUCACAGAAUGCUAUGGUUGCGAAGGCUAAGUCAAAGAUUCAAGAUAUUGAACGCAGGUUGGCUGCCAGUAGGGCUGAGUAUGCCGCUACCAAGGAAGCUGUUCAUAAGGCUCAACAUGCUGCUGAGAAGGCUCAUCAGAAUGCUGCUGCUGCAGGACAAAAGUCAAUUAUCCAGCUACAAGAACAUGGAUCUGAUGGUAAUGGAGGUAUUGAGGAGGCUUUCUGGGGAUAAAUUUAAGUAGUUCACUGUUAAUGUUAUACCGAGUUGAGACGCAAUUUGAUUUCAUUGUUAUUUUUAUGGUUAUUUCACUAAAUAAAUAGUUGUUUCAGCAUUAAAAUAUAAAAAAAUUGGUUGUUUCUAUUGA